AUGGCCGACACCAAAGACACGUCGGUCCCCGUGGCCAAGCGGGAGUCGGUUGACCAUGUCGACUACACCGGGCCUACCAUGGCCUCGGACCGCCAGCUGAUCGAGGCGGCGGUCAAGAUGAGCGAGGAAGAGGCCAAGCUGCCGCGCAAGGAGCUCUUCUCGAGGUACUGGCCCGCCGCCGUCUACAGCAUGAUCCUGAGCGCGGCCCUGAUCAUGGAGGGCAUGGACGUCGGCCUGGUCAACAACUUCUUCGGUCAGGACGCCUACAGGAAGAAGUUUGGCUGGCCCGACGAGACCGGAAAAUACCAGAUCUCGGCGUCGUGGCAGGCUGCCAUCGGCAACGGCAACAACCUGGGAAGCAUCAUCGGUCUGCUGCUGAACGGAUACCUGCAGUCCCGUUUCGGGUCGCGCAGGGUGUACAUGGGAGCCAUGGCCCUGAUGGCCGGCACCAUUUUCAUCCUCUUCUUUGCCACGAGCGUGCAGAUGCUGUUUGUCGGCAACAUCUUUUGUGGUAUCCCGUGGGGUGUCUUCCAAACACUUGCUACCGCCUACGCCGCCGAGAUCUGCCCGCCCGCCAUGCGUGGCUACCUGACCGCCUGGACGUCCAUGUGCUGGGGCUGCGGCUCGUUCCUCGCGGCCGGCGUCCUCCGAGGCUCCCUACAGCUUCCCGGCGACUGGGCCUGGAAGAUGCCCUACGGGCUGCAGUGGGUGUGGAUCCCUCCCUUGUUCCUCGCGGCGUUCCUCGCGCCCGAGAACCCGUGGUACCUCGUCCGCCGCGGCAAGAUCGAAGAGGCGGAGAGGUCUCUGCACCGGCUCGCGCGCAAGGGCCACUACACGCAGCAGAGCAUGGCCGAGACGCUGGCGCUGAUGAAGCACACCAACGAGAUGGAGAAGCUCGAGGCCGAGAACGCCAACUACAUGGACUGCUUCCGCGGCACCAACCUGCGCCGUACCGGCAUCAGCUGCAUGGCCUGGGUCAUCCAGAUCCUCAACGGCCAGUCCAUUGCCGCCUUUGCCACCACCUUCCUGCGGACCAGCGGCAUGGACGAGGUCCAGGCCUUCAACUUCAGCAUGGGCAUCCAGUCGGUCAACAUCGUGGCGACCGGCAUCGCCAUCGUGCUGAUGGGCCACGUCGGCCGCCGCGACUUUUACCUGUACGGCACCAGCGGCAUCGGCCUCAUCAUGCUCAUCAUCGGCGUCCUGGGCGUCUUGCCGCCGGGAUCCAUCAACACGGGCAUCGGCGUCGGCGUGGCCAUGGUGCUCGUCAACGCCAUCUUCAAGAUCACUCUGGGGCCGGCGUGCUUCGUCAUCGUCUCCGAGAUCUCGGCCACUCGCGUCCGCGCCCAGACCAUGGUGCUGGGCCGCGCCGUCUACGUCAUUGGCCAGAUCGUCGUCAACCAGAUCAACCCGCGCAUGCUCAACCAGGGCGCCGACGCGUGGAACUGGGGAGCCAAGACGGGAUGGUUCUACUUUGGCCUGUGCAGCAUCUGGAUCGUCUGGAUCUUCUUCUUCCUGCCCGAGACCAAGAACCGCACAUUUGCCGACAUUGACUACCUGUUCCAGAAGAAGGUUCCGGCGCGCAAAUUUGGCUCUGCCAACGUUAAUUUGUUCGAAUUCUCUCACGCGGACAACUCUGCCAAGACGCUCGAUGAUGGAGAGGGCCUUGAAGAGGCGGCGCCCCAGCACGUUUCCAAGUCUUGA